AUGUUCCAGUGCCUACAGGCGGGGAUACAUCAUGAGUGGGAUGAGGAAACUCACCAGCGCAAGCAGCAGCGUGAGGAGAUGCUGAGCCAGGAAACGCCUCAGCAGCUGCAGGAGCUGGAGCAGGAGACCCAGAAGCCGGGGACUGAGGAGCCAGAUUUUUACUGGGAGGCCUGGAUCUUUGCUGCCAUGGUGAUAUGGUGGUUCUGCAUUGUUGCUGGAGUCCUGAUUGUACACUACUUCAGCAGAAAGAGCCAUGAUCCUGACAGGAAUGGCGAAUCAGAGAACAACUCCAGUGGUGAUGAGGAGCAGAACUUGGCCUACAGGAGCCAGGUGGUGAAUGAUCUGGUGGACGACCUCCUCUGUGCAAUCAGAGAGCACUUGCCAAAGAGUUUCUACGCAGUGCUGCAAACAGCCAUGAAGGUAGGCAGUGUCUUUGAAGGCUGGGAUCCACAUGAGGAUGAUGCUGUCUACCAGAUGCUUGUGCCUCUGAAGCCCCCCUGUGGGUACACCUUCCACCUGGAGCUGGGCAGCACAGAAGACAUUCCUGAAAGGAACUUCAGUGUCCGGGUGCAGCUGGAGUGCACCUGCACAACGGAGCAGCCAUCAAAAGAGAGGCUGUGCCUCCUUCACAACCCUGAGAAGAAUCUGAGCAGGAAUGAGCAUCUUAGCCUCCUCAACACCCUUUGCACCAGAUCCUAUCUAGACAUACACAAAACUGCUCUCUGGUUCCAAAAACAGGUGAGGUCAGCCUGGGUGUUGGUGCCUCAGUCACAUCACUACAAUAUGGUGGUGCUGCCCUCCAGCUGCUCCUGCAAGCUGCGUCUGACAAGUUCCUCCAUGAGAAGCCUCUUGGUUGAGGUUCUGUUUGGGGUACAGCAAGGUGACUCAGACAUCUUCCUGAGCAGCCAGAGUUCAGAGACCGCCUUCAACCCCAGCACCAUGUGGCUAGAGAGCUAUGCUGUGGCAGAGUUCAAGUUCUUCAGGAAUAUGGCCUUGCGGGUCCCAUACAACAGCAUCCACCUGAAAUGCCUGCAGAUCUUUGCCCGCAUCGUGGUGGGAACAUGCUAUUCCACCUAUACCAUGAAGACAAUUGUGAUGCACCUCCUGACCACCAUCCCCCUGUCAGGCUGGUGCAGGAGGCAUUUCCUGCUGCGGCUGAUGGACAUCAUGGGGUGCCUGUGCUGCUGCCUGGAGAACGCACGCCUCAACCACUUCUUCUUUGGCAAUGAGAAUGUGCCUGAGGAGAUCAUCCUGCCCCCAGCCCUCCGAACAGCCAAGCCAUUCAACCUUUUCCAGCACAUUGAAGAAGAUCCAGACACACAAGCAGAGGCACUGGGACAAUACCAUUUCCUGCUGGAACGGCUCCAAAUGCUGCUGUUCUACGGGCACUAA